GUUGAUCCAGGAUUUCAAAGACGUCUGAUACAUUUUGCAAUUUCUCAUAUCUUCUGUGUGACUCUUGAUCCAAAGACUUGCCGUUCUGUCACACCACUGGCUUUUGUUAUUUUAGUACAGACAUCUGUUGCUUUCAUAGAGGAAACUGUUGAUUGUUGUCCUACAGCUGGACUCCGCAACAUGUAAGCUAGAGUGAGACUUUCAGGAUCUGCGUCAGCUGUGAAGAAGCUUAUAAAAAUGUCAACCAAAGCCCCAAUCUACCUAAAGAGGGGCAGUCGUAAAGGAAAGUUAAGGGACCUGUUGUCUCCAGACAUGAUCAGUCCUCCACUUGGAGAUUUUAGACAUACCAUUCAUAUAGGUAGUGGUGAAGGAGAUGUGUUUGGGGAUGUUUCUUUCUUACAAGGCAAAUUUCACCUCCUUCCUAGAUCACACCCUGGAUCCUCAGCCUCUUCUCCGUGCUCAACUCCACCUCCCUCUCACCCAGACCUUCCAUCUCCUCUGCUAAAGAAUGCCAUCUCACUCCCUGUUAUAGGUGGACCUCAGGCUUUGUCAUUGCCACAGGCUCCCCCUCCAAAACCACCACGACUUCACCUAGAUGAAAGAAGUAAGAGUCCAGUGAAGGAGGUGGAAGGAGGAGCCCUUCGACCUUUACUGAGCCCCUCAGAUAAUGGAAUUUCAGCGCAAGAGAGGGAAGAACGUAUCCUUGCCCAUGCUGGAUCUCUUCUGUCCCUGCAUGUGGAUCUUGGACCCUCCAUUCUAGAUGAUGUUCUGGAGAUCAUGGAUAAGGUCUAGACCUUGGUCAAUUGGAUGACUGGGAGACUAACUUUGCUUAUUCACCAAAAAUUGGUUUUUAACACUACAAUUAUUAUCCGGAACAAUAUCCUUGACUGUGGAGUAAACCAUGCUGCCUUAUAUAACAAAAACUAUUGCUUUUAAAGCAAUCUUAUGUGGGGCCAAGCAUUUAUAUUGUGACUGAAAACACACAUUUUUUUAAAGCUUCAUAUAUUUCCACAUGGGUUUACUGGAAUUGGAAAGGUUCCUUCAUUUUUUUUUUUUCAGCUCCCCCAUUGAUCUUUAAGUUUACAGGACACAAACUGUUCAUUUCAUGGAUCAUCUGAAUUUGAUCUCCAUUGUAAAUGGUGAGAUUAGAAUUCUUUACUAGUGCCUUUGCCAGGAUUAUCACAUGAAACUUUAUUUUAAUUUUCUUAUGACCAAAAUUUGUAAAUUGUAAAUGAUCAAAUAUAGG